AACAGUUAAAUAUCACAUUUUCAAGGAUUCACUACAUUCUGCUGGAUUCUACCACACACCAGUUCUCACAAGAAUAUUAUUCCUAAUUUCGAUUUUACAAUACACUACCACAUUUAACAAGAAGUGAUUAGGCUACUACAAAAUAAAGUUUUAUCGAUGUUGGUGAUAUAAUAUUUGGCUAUCCUUCUUGUGCUGUGCUAGUCUGAACAACUUGGGGAUUGUGACAAAUAUCAAGUACAAUGACAACGUGUAACACCACUGAAAAACUUGAUGAAGUUUUACAACUUUUUCUAUUACCUGAUUAUAAUGUCGUGUCUACGACCUAUCUUGAUCUUCUAUUAUCGCGAAUCGCACAAUCUGAUAAAUUAGUUGAAAAGUCUGACUUUGAGUAUUUCAAUACCUUUCAACACUGGGUACUCAAAGCUUUAGAAACAUGGAGCAGUGGAAUCAAACCUUGUCAAGCUGUCACAACAUUCACUUUGAGACUCAUUGGACACAUUGGAAAGAGUGAAAUUCAUUUCCAUUUUUGGUACCGUGAGAAUUUAUACAAUAAGAUCUGUGAUGUUUUAAACCUUCACAAUGAUAAAUUGUCAGUGUCUGUCAAAAUGGCAUAUGUAGAUAUGCUUUCCAGCUUGUGUACUCACACAAGCGGUAGGCAUUGGAUUCUCGAAUCAGGUGUAUGGAAGGAUGUUAUAAGAUUAGCUCACUGCAAUCAGACCAUAUACGUCACGCGGGAGAGUCAAAAAUUUAUAUGGACGUUGCUACUACACGAAUCUCAAAGACCGCAUAUUUGUACGCCAAUUAUAUUGGAAGCUGCACGUCCAUUCACAGACAAUACUGUCCACAACGAAUUUCAAAAAGUACUAGAGGAGACCUAUCUGGACCAAAACAAGUAUCUCUGCUCGACAAUAAUCUUGUUAACCAGUAUAAUCGAGAACACAAUGUUCCAUAGCAAGGAAAAUACAAUACCAUUAUUAGUAAUGGAACUUACUAAUUUGGAAGCAAGAAUAAAAGCUCUUUUUGAAGCAUGCAUUAGCACAACCUUUUUUCAACACAUACAUAAAUUGCUAGUCCUCUUGAUCUUUGUAAAACUGAAACAAGGCAUAUCACCACUGACCAAAGUAAUAGAUCAAGAUGUCAUAAAUAAUUUUCAUGAAGACUAUUGUUACAUCCACAGAUUGCUUCUUAAUAAGAAAUUCAUAAAGGAUACUAUAAAGACACAAUCGUACGGGCUAGUUUUUUGGAAAAAAUUACAAAAUAUUUCCAAUUUUAAGCAACCCAAUGAGCACAAAUUUGAACAUCAAGUUAUAUGUCUAAUGGUGCUGCCACUAUUUAUCAGCUUGAGGAUUUCAUAUUUAAAUAAUGAUCUCUUCGAAACGUACAUUGACAGAAUGUUUGACAUCACGUGUGCACCUGUACAAAGACUGGGAUACAAUAUGAGAGAGAUCAUCUAUAAAUCUGAUAUAUGUAUGGAAUCUCUUUCCAGGUACUCGCUCGAUCAGGUUCUUCAAAUAGUACACAUUAUGGACAGAGAUGUAGCAGUAAUCACAUUCCAAACUAUGUGUCACGUUUUGAAAAAUUAUAUGAUAGCAUCGAGUGAAGAGAGUGAACUUUAUGAAACUGAUACAUCAAACUUGUGUAACCCCCAAAAUCCACCUAAAAAGAGAUUAAACAGAUCACUGUUCGAUGGAGAUGCCAUUCAGCAGUAUCCAUGUUUACUAUCAUCGAUAUUGAAUGGUCUGGCUAUUAUAACUGAAAAGUUUAAGAUCAAAUGGCAGGAAUCUGUAGAAACAAUUUGCCUACUGUCAUUGGCACAGGACCUGCUAAAUAAUAAGCAAAUUUCAUCAAACAUCACCGUUCAAGCGUUAAAAAUCUGUAAAUUGUCAAUAGAAAAUUUCAUGCCACCGCAAUUGGCUUUACUGGUCGAUAAUCAUGGUCAUAUUGAUGAUUUGGGGCCAACUUUGUACAGGAGAAUACAUGAUCCCAAUUGGGAAGUCAGAGAUAGCGUGUUAGAAACACUGAAGACAAUUGCCAUGAUAUCUGAGUACAAGUAUCCAGCAUUCCAAAAAUUCCUUGUGAAAAAUGACUUUUUACAAAUGGCAGUUAGCAUUACAUUAUCGGAUGCCGAAAGCUACGUGAGAGCUUCUGCACUGUCAUUCCUUGCGAUAACAGUCAGAAUAAAUGAAUUGUGGGAAGAAAAGUUGUGCGAUGCAAACUUAGCUGACAUAACUAUACAGUUGAUGGCAGAGGAAACCGAAGCAAUAGUACGCAGAGAAGCAGUGAUCCUUAUGAAGGAGCUAUACGUUCACAGAAAAUGGUCAAAGAGCACUGUCGACAUAAUGUCACGCUCUAUGGCAGUUGCGGCAGUUUUGGAUCUCCAUUGGGAAGUGAAGGUGAACGCCAUUGAAUAUUGGAAACAAUUUAUAAUUAGUCACUUCACCGAUCAAGGUAUGCUGGAUGGUUCGUUUCCAAGUAUGACUUUUUCAAAGGAACACAGGAAGAUAAUAGCUCUGAACGAAACUGAAAUAAAACGACGUAUCAGAAAAGCACUGGACAAGCUGGCCGAACAAAGUUGUCUAGGGAUUCUGCUAGCCGCCUUGGAGGAUGAGAGCGACUUCGUGGUAUGCAAAGCUGCGGCGGAUGUGAUAACUCAGUUAAAAAACUUUUUGCUCAAGUAUAAGAUCGACGAGCCCGUUCCAGAUAGACCAUUACCGAAAGAUAGCGCAACCAUAGAUAGCUCCUAUAAGAAAGAAUCUCCUCCUCCUUCUCCUCCCACACCCUCCACUAGUCUUCCUCCUACAACUCCUACAUCUUCUGUAACUGCUACUUCUCCUACUUCUUUCGCUGAUAGUGAUGUUCCAAUGGCCAGCGAUAAGGGUAACAUUUUGGAGUCCAUUGUGGAAAGUGAUGACAUGAACCUCCUGGCAGCUAUAUAUAAAGACUCUUUGAGGGUCGGCGGUGAAGAACUGAAACUGCCGGACCAUAACAAACUACGGGUCGUUGCGCAGGUCACACAAGUUGAAUUUCUUAAUACUAUUCUUAAUCUCGAUCUUAAUGCUUACAUAGAGGAGAAGAGUCGAUGGCUUCAGACGUAUACUGAUAGCUUCGAAUCGAUUCUUGAUGAUAUUUUGACAGUUUAUCAUACGAAGAAUGUGAUUUCGAUGGAUUGUUAUUAAAUCUUAUCGUCAUCAGUGAAACUUUUCGUAUGCAACAUUGAAGUUUGUGUAUGAAUUAAUUGUGAGCCUUGUGAAUAUUGCUUUUAUUAUAUAUUAUUAAUAUACCUUAAAAAAUUAAAAGGAGAAAGCAUAGUGUCACUGGUUUUAUAUUGUCUGGGGUAGAUCGUGAUAACAGUGUGACGAUUGAAAAUGUGAAAAUGAAAAAAAUUAUUCUUAAGCAUAAUAAUUUUUUGUAUAUUUAGCACCUGUAUAUUUUAACAUGUAGUAAUAGUAGAUAAUAAAUUUGUAUCUCACCUGUA